AUGGAAUCUGAUCCAACAAUUAACACACCUACAAAUCCUUUACCAGAAUCUGCAUCAUCCAAUUCGGUCUCAAAUCAAUGUGUUGUACCCCCUCCGGUUGUUGCGGCUCCACCCCAACCGGCCAGUGUUGUUACCAUACCCGUACCCGUGGUUAAUAACGAAGGCACCUAUGCUUAUGUAACUGUCAAAGGUUCACUGCAUGAUCGUUCGUGUCAAGUAUUUGGUCUUAACGAUACUGAAUUACAGGCUCUGUCGAAACGUUUUGAGAAUGGCAUUAAACCCGUGGUCAAUGGUGUUAUGAUUGCUUGCCCACCCAUGAUUAUGAUGAACACCUUGGCCCAGCUAAGCUAUAAAGUUGUGUGCAGUUCGGGUGAAGCUGAAAUUUGCUGGACCAUGCAACGUGAAAUUUAAAC